AUGACAAACUUUUUGGCUCUUUGUGCUAGUGGAUAUUACAAUAACAAUAUUUUCCAUCGAAAUAUCAAAAGUUUUAUGGUGCAAAGCGGUGAUUUAAGCGGAACUGGCAAAGGAUCCAUCGUUGGAUUUAAAAUACACUAUUUUUGGGCGCACUUUUGCAAGAAUACGGAAAAUUUAAAUUUUGAAAUUUUGAAAGUUAUUGAUGGGUUUGACGUUUUGGAUGAACUUGAAAAUGUCAAGGUUGACGCUAAAUAUCGGCCAGUUGUUGAACAACGAAUUCGGAAAGUUAUCAUCCAUGCAAAUCCCAUCGCGGAAUUGGCUAUGCUACUAAUGAACAAUUGGAGAUCAUUCUAUAAUCGUCCAUUCCCUUUUAACUAUUUGGCUUGUAAUUUCCGAUAUUUUUCUUCUGACCAUUCAUCAGUUAGUUCUACAGUUCCGGAAGAUUCACCAAAAUUUCAAGAUCGAAUGAUACAGAAAGCCAGUGCAAAAGCUUGCGAACAGUCAAAAAAAGGUGAAAUUGAUGCAGUGCGAAAGAAAGUUGCUGAAUUAAAUGAAUAUUUUAGUCAAUAUAUCGAUGAAUAUUAUGAAGAAGACUUACCAUUAGAACAGCCAAGAGUGGCCAAACAAAUGCCUACUUUUAUGAAACAAGUGCACGGAUGGUACUCCGUCAAUAUAGGAAAUAUUUUCGUACAUAUCAUAACACCAAAAUUGCGCGCUAAAUAUGAUUUAGAAUCUUUAUGGGGUGGAUAUGACGAUGAAAUUUCUGAUGAUCCUGAUUUUACCUUUCCAGAAUCAACAAAAUUGAAUAGUAGAUUUAUUUUAAAUGUUACGAAAUUAGAAGAAAAAAUGCAUAGAAUAUUUUAUCGAUAA